AGGGUUGGGAAUUAGAUUUCACGUCUUUCUAGAGGCAUAUAAAUUACCAUUAAUAACAAUUUAUCUUUUUAAGCUAUAUUUAUUAUUUUAUUAUGGUCAAUUUAGCACAUUUUAAACUAUGUUAGUAGUGCACUCGGUUGAUAUAAUCACGUGACCAGAAGUCGGCUGGAACGGCUGAAUGGUUGAAUAAUCGAGCACAUCGAAGGCGUCAUGUAUCAAAACAUCUUCGCCCGGCGACUGAGAUUUUGGUUAUGUGCAGUUAUUUUUUACUUGCUUGUGACGCCGUUAAACUCGCAGAAUGACGCGGAUUCCAAGGUCUCCGAGUUCUUCAAGUCUGGACACACGAACAACUGGGCGGUGCUUGUGUGUACGUCAAGGUUCUGGUUCAACUACCGUCAUGUGGCCAAUGUCUUGUCACUCUACAGGAGCGUCAAACGAUUCGGCAUACCAGACAGCCAGAUCAUAUUGAUGAUUGCGGAUGACAUGCCUUGCAAUCCGAGGAAUCCAAACCCGGCCACAGUUUACAACAAUGCGCAUCACCACAUCAAUGUGUAUGGUGAUGAUGUGGAGGUGGAUUACCGUGGUUAUGAGGUCACUGUCGAAAACUUCAUUAGGAUACUCACAGGUCGCCUGCCCGCAAAUACGCCAAGGUCAAAAAGACUACUCACUGACGAGCAUAGCAACAUCCUCAUUUACAUGACAGGCCAUGGAGGAGACGGGUUUCUAAAGUUCCAGGAUGCUGAAGAAAUCACGAAUGUGGAGCUGGCAGAUGCAUUUGAGCAGAUGUGGCAGAAAAGGAGGUACAACGAAAUCUUCUUCAUCAUCGACACCUGCCAGGCAGAGUCCAUGUACAAAUGGUUCUACUCUCCCAACAUCCUGUCUGUUGCGAGCAGCAAGGUCGGCGAAGACUCGCUGUCGCAUCAUGGAGACCCGACGAUCGGAGUGUACGUGAUCGACCGGUACACCUACUAUGCCCUCGAGUUCCUGGAGGCUGUCAAAUCCAACAGUAACAAGACAAUGGGACAGUUUCUGCGAGUGUGCCCCAAGCGCGUGUGCAUCUCGACCGUGACUUCCCGCAAGGACCUGUUCAAGAGGAACGUCGAUGAGGUGCCCCUGACAGACUUCUUUGGGAGCGUGCGCAACGUCGAGCUCAGCCACAGCAGAGUCCGGCUGCCGCCCCUCCUGCCCGACGCCUCCCCGAAACCAGCAGUGGGCGAAGACAUCCCCACAAGAAGAGCACGCUGGUAUAAGGUUGAUCAGUUUCCAGCCGUUUCUUAGACUAGAAGAAUCAGCUAGCUUUCUUGAAAUCAUCAUCUCCACGAAGGAAGCCACAAGUUCAACCAGGGAAGCAGUAUCAGAGCUUGACUAGCAUAGCAUGUAAAUAGUAACAACCUCACUCAAGCCCAAAUGAACCAACAGUCAUCAUCUCUUUUAAUAAAUUGUGCACCAAUUCCAAA